AUGCAAACCAGUCCAGUAAGUCCAUGUCCUUGGUCCAGUAACCUUUUCCCAGUUUUAAGUUUCUGAGAAAUCUUAUCCAUUUAUAAUGUCAAUCGUUCCCGUACUAAUUGUAACCCUAUUUCUCGUCUGGAUCCCUUAUGUGACCCCGCAAUCUCGGAAAUUGCACUGUCUCGAGAGUAAAGCGGAUGUGGCGACGUUUCUCUGGACCUCGGUGGGGGCGGAGGUCACUUCUGCCGCGUCUGCGUCCCAGCUUCCCAAAGCCUUUGGAGAUUUAAAAGGCCUUACUGGGACUGACUUUUGGUUCAUGGAAGGCCCCUCGUCCUCCGCGAAAGAUAUAACAUUCAAAGCCCCCUUGAACCUCUACUCCUCGAGGGCUCGGAGUGUCACGAUUUACCUGAAAUAUUACACCAACUCGCAGCGCAGGUUAUCCUUGUACCCCGUCCGAGAAUCUGGCGGAUCUGGAUCAUCGUCCCCUGCAGCCGGAAGUUUGCAGCUCCUCCCACUCUCCGCGACACCGUCGGUUUCAUGGACGGAAAUCCGGAGGGAGAUCGACCCUUCCGACUCGCCCGUCGAAAUCACUGCGCAUCUCGCGUCGAAAGAGUUUCUCAUCUUUGAUAAGAUCGUGGUCGCGGUGGACACCCCGCUCCCGUCGGAUCUUUCCAUUAGUUGUAGUGUGAUGAGAAAUCCCCCAGUUUUUGGGGCAGGAGGAGGCUCCACGAUAAGCAGCCCAGUGACGACGAGAUCAAUUCCUACGACGCCACAGCAGCAGCAGUGCCCACCAAUUCCGCCAGUGCCAGAGUGCAAGUGCAAUUGUUCGUGUAAUUGUGCAAAAUGUUAAAAAAAUGCGCAAGUAUGUAAAUGUCACUUAUUUCAUUUUAUUAAAUUUUAAAAAUGAAUUCUGCAGUAUGUACAAAUUGAUUCUGAAAAUAAAAAUUAUCUUUU